AUGGAGAUACAGUCUUGCCCGCAGUGGUGUGAUGGAUGUGGUGGCCGCUUACUGACGGCAUUACUCAUCCACGCAGUUAUCGUCCAACCCAUAAGCGCAUAUUCUCGAUUUGGACGACAAUCAGAUGAAAUCAGAGCGCUAUACAGCAAAGGUGCUCCGUUGAGCAUCAACGAGCAAAUGUUGGGAGGAUCAAAUAUUCACUAUUAUGGCCGAUUCAGGUUAGUAAUCAUCAGAAAGUAU